CACGAGGCGAGCGAGCAGGGGGAUACCGCGACCACAUGUACUCGCCCUCAGAAGAUCACUUUCGCAACAGCGGCAUAUAUACAUAGCAAGCACUUGAGUACAGAAGGUGGACAGCUGGGUGGGGAAACAAUCCUUGCCGGCGGGAGUUUCCGAGACGGGCGGCGUUGAUGGAGGCGACUGCAGGCGACGGCGGGGCCAAAGCCAGGCGGCAGAGGAGGCGAAUCCAGGCAGCGGCGGCGCGCUCGUGAACCGGUCGCGGCAGUGAGGAUCGAAUCCCCAACGCUAACAAAGGAGCCGAGCCGAGCUGGGAGCUGCGCAACGCUUGGGAACUGAUGCGGAGGAGACGAUCCAUACGAUGCUGAGCUUGUCCAUGUGGCGCGCAUCGAAGGUGGGGCUGCACAGGAGGAGGUUUGCAGCCGGUCUCCACCGAAUUUUUUUUCCGUCCUCUUCCCGUCCUCCUCGCCGCCGUCCUCCUCCCCGCCGUCCUCCCGUCCUCCUCGCCUCCUUCCUCCUCCCCGCCUCCUCCCCUCAUGGCUGUGUGGAGCUGCACCUCGCCCCCACCUCACCUCACCUCGCCUCGUGCUCCACCUCCAGCACUUGGUGGCUGAAAAAGCUUCAAUUUUUCGGCGCAUCCGGUGGCGGAAGUGCCAGAUCCUGUGGCGGCGUUGUAGAUCCGGUGGCGGGGAAGCUCGAUCCGGUGGCGCGUACUCGGCGCUUCCUGGUGGUCCUCCUCGACGCCCGUGGUGUUGGCGUGAUGCAGUCACCUCCUCCUCGUCGUGCAGGGACGGCGGCGGUGCUCUCUCUGUUCAUGGCUACUGCUGGUGUUGCUGCUGGUGGCGCGACCGAUCUGUGUUCUGCAUCGGCUACAGCCACUGUUGGUUCACUGAAGUUCUUCUUAUUGCUUCCUGAUGAAUUGCUUCUUCCUCAUCCAGCAACAUCUCGUCUCCUGUUAAAUAAGGAGCAAAGGGUAUGUGUUGGUUACUGCUGCUGCUGGUGUAGCUGUUGCUAUUGCUGUUGUAGCUGUUGCUGCUGCUGGUGGUGUUCAUGGCUGCUGCUGCUAUUUCUGGAGUACUGCUGCUGCUAUUACAGAUCAUUUGGUUUGAAGGUGAAAGGAUACAUCAAGACCAUUUGAAGGUGAAAGGAUACAUCAAGGCCAUUUGAAGGGCAAUGUGUUAAACUAAGAGUACAAUGAACUUGAAUGGUGCUGAUUUCUGGUUUUAACAUUUUUGCACCCGUCUGGCUACACAUGUCUUUAUAAUGUUGUUGAUUCCUGGUUUUCCUAAUAUUUUUAUUUCGUGUUUGAGAAUAACAUCAAUGUUCAUACUCCUGAAAAAAGGAACCAUAGGCUCUUAAAUUAGAGGUUAACAGUUUUUGUAUCCUUGAAAAUUGUUGUAGCAGAUCCACUUUUUGAUUGCCGAGCACACAUAAAUUUGACUAUACUGUACCGGCCACUUGUCUUGUCAGUCCUUGUUCAACUUGCAUCUGAAUUAUGCAUGCAACCAUUUUUUCAUGUCAGGGAAAGUUUGAAUACCUCUAGAAUUGAGCUGCUGUUGGAAUCAUCAAAUUUCUUCUAAAUUUGCACAGGAAGAACUGCAGGUGCGGUGGAGGAGAAGCAGCAGCAGCCUGGAGCCUGGAUGUGGUGGAGGCGUGGUGAAUUGCAGGGGCCGUGGGGCAGAGGGAGCAGGAGCUCCACCAGCGGCAGGGGUAGAAGGAGCUCCGGCGAGCAGAGCCUGGAGUUCGAGCAAGAUCCUGGCGAGAAGGGGCUCCGACGAGCAGUGGGACCUUGAGGAGGGAGCUCCACCGGCGACAGGGGGAGAAGGAGCUCCGGCGAGCAGAUCCUGGAGUUCGAGCAGGAUCCUGGCGGGAAGGGGCUCCAGCGAGCAGCGGGACCUUGAGGGAGCUUGAGGAGGGAGCUCCACCGGCGGCAGGGGGAGAAGGAGCUCCGACGAGCAGAUCCUGGAGUGCGAGCUUGAGGGCCUUGAGCUCCUUGAGCGCGAGCAGCUUGAGGAGGGAGACCUGAGGGCCUGAGGGGCGCCCAGCAGGAGCUUGAGGGAAGCUCGCUGGCAGAGGAGGUGCUGGCGAGAUCCUGCCCCGGCGAGGUGCUGGGGAUCGCGAGGUGCUGGGGAGCUUGAAGUCAGAAUUUGAAAUGUACUGGACUGUAGUGUAAAAUUGACAUUAGUGCAAUUUUUUUCUCUCCUGCGUCACUUAAUUCGGGACGGAGGGAGAGUAAUUCAUAAUUUGUAUGGAGUGGGUUGUCUCAAUUACUUGUCAUGUUUGGUGAUCUAUGAUAUGAUCCUUAUUUUAUUUUAUUUUAUUUUAUUUUAAGGGUAUCCAGUAAUUGUGAUC